UUACUAUUGGUACCGUUGGUUUGAACCGGGUCACAGAUCGGUACCGAAAACGAUAUAAAGAGCGGACCAGCGUUCGCGUGGGUUCCAAUCGGUCAUGGCAAAGGUCGCGGUACUUUUAGUGUUGCUCUUAGCAACACUCACGGGGUGGUAUGUUGAAGCUAGAAUCGUACGCGAGGGUAGAGAUAUUCAAAGGGAUUUUCCGCAAGAACCAUCAAAAGUUCAAGUUCCCAUUAAAAUCAAUGAAGACAAAUUUACAUCUACAACCCCAACUGUAGAAGAUGAACCAAUUACCAGCAGUAACAAUGAAGAACAGAAAAAUUUAGACAUCAAUAAAAAUGAAGAUGAUGAUAGUUUGUUUCAGCCUGAAGGUAGAGUCCUUUACACUGGCAGUCAACUAUGGAAGACUGUUGUAGAUAGUGAAGAAAAAGCAAAAAUAUUGGCCAAAUUAAGAGACGAGGAAGAUAUAACUAUGUGGGGUGGAAACGUAAGCGCUGUCGAUAUCCUAGUAAAACGUGACUCUAUAGGAAAAGUUCGAAGUUUACUCAACAACCAAAACAUCAGAUUCGACGUUGCAAUUUCAGAUUUACAGCAAGCGAUAGAAGAGGAGAAUCCAACUUUGGAAGAAGAAGAUUUUGAUAAUAGAAACGGUCACAGAUUGACUUGGCAAGCCUAUCACCGCCUGGACGACAUCCACAAAUACCUGGACUUUCUAGAAGAACAACAUCCAGAUUUAGUAUCUCAACAGACAAUUGGCCAAUCCGUCAACGGUAAUCCCAUAAGACUGUUGAAGAUUUCUAAUAAACAGCCUGGUAAUAAAGCUGUCUGGAUUGAUGGAGGUAUUCAUGCAAGAGAAUGGAUCACUCCAGCUACAGUCACUUUUAUAAUCAACCAGCUGAUAUCUAAUUGGGAAAAUGAACCUAAAUACGUGCAAAAUACUGAUUGGUAUUUUGCUCCACUAUUGAAUCCUGAUGGAUAUGAGUAUACACACACAGUUGACAGAUUAUGGAGAAAAAAUAGAAGAGGCUCUGGCAGAUGCGCUGGAAUAGAUUUAAAUAGGAACUUCGGAUAUCGUUGGGGAGGUACUGGAGCAUCCAAGAACCCUUGCGCUGAAACCUAUGGAGGCUCAGGUCCAUUUUCUGAACCCGAAACCGCAGCUGUUCAGAGUUUUAUGAGCAACGCCAAUGCAAAAUGGAAAGCCUACAUUUCGUUCCACUCCUACGGACAAUACAUCCUCUACCCGUGGGGCUACAACCGUGUAGUACCUCCAGACUACAAAGAUUUAGAGCUCGUAGGCCAAAGGGCCGCGCAAGCUAUCAGAAACGCUGGAGGGCCUUCUUAUACAGUUGGCCCUGCGGGUAAUACCUUAUAUCCAGCAGCGGGUGGUUCUGAUGACUGGGCUAAAGGCGCAAUGAAAAUAAAAUACGCUUAUACAGUGGAGUUGAGGGAUAAUGGAAGAUAUGGGUUUGUUUUGCCCGCUAGUUACAUACAGCCUACAGCCAAGGAAGCCAUGGCUGCUGUACGAGUAAUUGUGGAAGCUGCUAGUAAAGCAUGAAAAAAAUAUUUACAAGGGAGGCAACUCUGGUAAGCUGUGAUAAGAAAUAAUAUUUAUUUUAAUUUGUUAAGGGUGAGGAGUAUUGUAUGUUUUUUUGGGUUGCUAGAGUUUUUGUAUGGUAGUUAUAUAGGAUAAGUGUAUUUUAUUUCAUGAUGUUCCAGAUAAUAUUUUACAUAAGUUGUAUAAAAUAUAAAUAAAUAAAAAUCACACCAAUAAGUAUUCUAUAUAUGAAUAAAAAUGUUAAACAUUUACCUUACUUACAUUGUAUUUUAUUAUAUUAUAUGUUCGAAUAAAUAUAUGUAUGUAUUUAUCACAA